AUGGCAGAAUCCGCUCCCGCCGCCGCCGCACCGGUCAAGUCCCCGAGGAAGAGAGCCACCAAGCCGAAGAAGGCGGGCCCCAGCGCCGCUGACCUCGUGCUGAAAGCCAAAGAGCUGGCCGUUAAAGGCAUCGACAACGCCAACCAGGUGAAACGCGCCGUGAAGAAUUUGGUGGAGAAUGGAGCCCUGGUGCAGGUCAAGGGAUCCGGAGCCAGCGGCUCAUUCAAGGCAGCCAAGGCCGCCGAGAAGCCCAAGAAGGUAGCGAAGAAGCCCGCAGUCAAAGCCAAGAAACCGGCAGCAGCGAAGAAACCCGCCGCCAAGAAGCCAGCAGCCAGCAGCCAAGAAGGCAGUAACACCCAAGACGGCGAAGAAGCCUGCUACUCCUGCAAAGAAAACCCCCGUGAAGAAGAUCACUAA